AUGUCAAGUUUAAUAAACUUCGAGCAGGAAAUGCCAUUGCAAAUGGAAAAUGAAAAGCUGUUGGGCCAGCUCGGAUAUAAUCCGGGUAAAAUGAUGCAAGAUCUGCAUCAACCUUGCAAACAGCUGAUCAAGAACUGCUACUGGCUGGGAGCGGAAGUAGCCUGCACAAAACUUUUUCACGUUACUAAAACUCAUGUUGGAUACUGUUGUUCGUUCAAUGCUAACAAUUCUAUGUCUAUUGAUCACGAUGCCAACUCACGUCGCAUACCACCGGGAAACAUGCGCGUAUCGGGUGCUGGUAAGUACAUCGGCCUAUCCGUCACCGUGGACGUUCAACCGGAAAACUACUUAGCACCCAUCAGGUCUUUUUAUGGGGCAGAAGUGUUUGUACACAAUCCACUGGAUUUUCCGGGAGAGUGGAAUCUCGAAAACACAAUCCAACCAGGAUGGGAUGUCGAUUUUUGUGUUAUUCCUACCCCGAUUAGUGCCAGCAGUUCUUUGGAGCGUGUUCCGCAGCAUUUAAGGGGAUGUUAUCUGGACGACGAAGGCAAUCUUGAGUCGAAUAGUACAUUCAGUUUCAAUCAGUGCAUGUCAAUAUGUAGACUGAGAACAAUGAUCAAACUAUGCCAUUGUGUCCCCUUUUAUUUCUCUGAUCUGAAUACUACUGAAGCAAAACAUGUUCCUGUUUGUACUCUUCAGCACGUCGAUUGUUUGAGACAUUUCAGAAAGUUAUUCUACAGUUUACGGCCUCCACGUGAAGUAUCGGCAGAUAUUUUAGGUUUUGAGUUAGGAAUGAACUGCGAUUGUAUGCAAUCGUGUUCGUUUUUGAGUUACAAUGUGCAAAGCAUCUCGAGUUUCAGACAACCGGGCUUACUGUCAUCACAAUUGGACAACCGCAACGCAUCAAACUACUCCACACUGCACGUGCACUUCAAGGACUUGCACUGUAUCAAGUAUCGUAGGGAGGCCUUCAUGACCUGGGAUUCGCUGCUAGCCGGUUUCGGUGGCAUCUUCGGACUGUGUAUGGGAGGAUCGGUGCUAAGUAUUGUUGAGCUUUCCUACUAUUUCUUUGUGAAAUUGUUUGCGCUUUAUAAACGAGAAAUUCAGGAACAACGACUUGCCCGGGAUGAAUCAUUCUCGGCGCUAGCGUGGCCUAAAUCAACCAGUCCGCCGGUGUUCCGUCCACGUCGUUAUCCAUUCGGCUAUUUCGAACGAAAGAGAGUGAUCUUUCGGGAACGGCUGUCAAGCGCGAAGAGUCGGAAACGAAUUCAGGUGCAAGCGCAGUUAAUAUCUACUUUCGAGAUAACGGAUCACGGAAAACAAAAAGAGCCGGCUUUUAUUUAUUAA